CCAAAAAGCUUUUGCUGAUUUUACAUUUCCAUUUUUACAGUCUGUGCAUAGCGAAGCAUACGGCCUAUGAUUUUUGGAUCCCGUUCCGUCCCUAACCAAGAUACUUACUAUAAAAACAGCAUCAAUCACUGCUAAUAAUUUUUUUCCUGUACUGAACAUGCAAUAAUGUGUUUCAGCCUUGCAAGAAAAGGACCAUCAUGGCGGUAAUUUAGUCCAAACUCUUACACGCUCGUACACACACACACAAACACACAUGGACACAUGGGCACGUUAAGUGAUACCCGUGUAAACAGUAAAUAUAGUGUUAUGUACAACCUUGACCAUACAAUGACCAACCAGCACGUCGGUGACUCAGUCUGAAGACGGAAUGGUUAAAGGUCGGCUCUUCAGUGUUUCAGAGUACAAGAGGAAAAUCAUAACACAAAACAGGUUGGUGUCACUACCAUAUGAGCUUCCUUUGUCGGACUGCUAUUGUCUUAUUUCUUGUUUGUCUAAGGUGUUUCACUGUUGUUUAUUCUGCGCUUUAAUUGUCACAAUAUUUAAUUCUUAAUUAAACUUUGCAGACACAUCAACCAAUAUUGUUGACUCUAUCGAGCAGACGGAUUUUCAGACUCUCCUGUGUGUCUUACAGAAAUGUCACGUUGUAUUGUGGGCAAUGUUUCCAAUUAUAUGAUUUAAAGGAACAGAAACCCUGGGGAAAGUUUGCACUGCCUGAUUCUCUAAUAUUGACACUCACAGCCAAAGAACUUCCUGUCCUCCUCACACAGACGCGCUUUAAAAAACCCCAGAGCUUUUCCCCCCUGCAAAACAAACAAACAAACUGACAGAACAAAAACAAAGAGCUGCAACUCCAGGCUAAAGUCAGGCGACUUUUAAGCCUCCAAACCAAAGGAGGGGUGUGACAGAGAGACAGACAGACAGAGAGACAGACAGAAGAAUAUUUGCAAGUGAAGGAGCAGCACCAUCAAGGUGUUCAAAAUCACACUUUGAAAGGAGUUCCAAGUUCCAGCAGCAGCUAUGACUCAACGCAAUGGAGAGAACCCUCAGAGAACCCGCAGAGGUCUGGGACGCAUCCAGGAUGGGAUCCGCUCUCAGUGUCUGCUGGCCAGGAAGAGAGUGCAGAGCAUCACAAAGGACGACGUGAAGAGAUUCUUCAUGAAAAAUGCCUUUGUGAUAUUAACUGUUGCUGCUGUUAUCUUUGGUAUAAUCCUGGGAUUUUCUCUGCGGCCUUAUAAGAUGACUUACCGUGAAGUGACCUUCCUGGCUUUUCCUGGAGAGCUGCUCAUGAGAAUGCUUCAGAUGCUGGUGCUGCCCCUGCUGGUUUCCAGUCUCAUCACAGGUAUGGCGGCUCUGGACAGCCGUGCCUCUGGUAAAAUGGGUAUGAAGGCAGUGAUCUACUACACCACCACUACCGUCAUUGCUGUGUUCAUUGGCAUCGUCAUGGUGCUCAUCAUUCACCCUGGGAAAGGAUCGAAGGAUGAGUUCACUAAGCAGCAGGCAGUGGAGAAGGUCAGCCCUGCGGAUGCCUUCCUGGAUCUUAUCAGAAACAUGUUUCCUCCAAACCUUGUUGAAGCUUGCACCAAACAAUUCAAGACACAGUAUGUGAAGAGAGUGGUCUAUGUGCAGAUGACAGUGAAUGACACAGUAUUCACACUCAAUGGUAGCCAGCAGUUUAGCCGCGAGGAGAUGAUUCCUGCACCGGGCUCAGUGAAUGGAGUUAAUGCUCUAGGCCUGGUGGUGUUUUCCAUGUGCUUCGGUCUGAUCAUUGGCAGCAUGAGGGAACAGGGAAAACCCCUCAAAGACUUCUUUGACUGUCUCAAUGAAGCCAUCAUGAGGCUGGUUGCCAUCAUCAUGUGGUAUGCCCCUAUUGGUAUUUUGUUCCUGAUUGCUGGUAAGAUUGUGGAAAUGGAUGAUAUUUCAUCCAUGGGAGGCCAGUUGGGAAUGUACACGGUGACAGUCAUUUGUGGGCUGCUCAUCCACGGCGUGUUUGUCCUGCCACUGCUCUACUUCCUCAUCACGAGGAAAAACCCUGUCGUUUUCAUCGCAGGGCUGUUGCAGGCACUUGUCACCGCCCUGGGCACAUCCUCCAGGUAUGUGAUCGUUGGGUUAAAAGUCAGAAUUUCACUCACUGGCAAGAAACGCACUCCCUCCAUCAAUCAUCCCCUUCUUCUUCUUCUUCUUCCUGUGUCCUUUUGCAGUUCGGCCACUUUGCCCAUCACAUUUAAGUGUCUGGAGGAAAACAACAACGUGGACAAGCGUGUAACCCGCUUCGUGCUUCCCGUCGGCGCUACAAUAAACAUGGAUGGUACGGCUCUCUAUGAAGCCCUGGCAGCCAUUUUCAUCGCUCAGGUCAAUAAUUUAGACCUUAACUUUGGACAGAUUCUUACCAUCAGCAUCACAGCCACAGCAGCCAGCAUAGGAGCAGCAGGAAUUCCACAGGCAGGACUGGUUACCAUGGUGAUCGUGCUAACAUCGGUUGGUCUGCCCACUGAUGACAUUACGCUCAUCAUUGCUGUCGAUUGGUUCCUGGACCGAUUGCGCACCAUGACUAAUGUCCUCGGAGACUCAAUUGGUGCAGGUAUAGUGGAGCACCUGUCCCGCCAUGAGUUGCAGAAGAAGGACCCUGAGGUGGGCAACUCAGUGGUGGAGGAGGCAGACAAGAAACCGUACCAGCUCAUCCGCCAGGAGAACGAGUAUGAGAACGAAAGGCCUUCUGACAGUGAGACCAAGAUGUAGAGGCAAACCUUUUUUCUUCCCAUGGGUGAAUACCUUCUUAGAAAAAUCAACUGCACUGCAUUGAACCACAUUAUAUCUUCUUAAUUUGCAAGCCUACGCAUUACAUGAUUGGAGGGUUCAAAGUAAACUGAUGCACAGCUAGGAUUUCAGCCAAGUAAGUUCCACUACAUCCAAGGCUUUCAUGAUAUAUAGUACCAAUUGAAGUGGUUCAUGCUGCAUUGUUUUUCUAAGGGUUUGUGCUGAUGAUACGUCCUAAGUGUACGACAUGUGUCUGCCACGGGGAGGCAGCUGUUUACGAGUGAAAAUAUACUGCUCUAAACCCUGGUGGUCUGUGGCCUUCAUGCAAUAUCCAACCUCUUUUAGAACUGUGAUGACUGGUCUUGCCCACGAGAGGCCAGUAUUGAUCUAGGUCUUUACACCACUGCAGAUUACAGUCCAUACUUGAACAGUUUUACAGCUUUAUACAGAAAUGUUUUUGCCGUCAUACUUGCUGCUUUUCUAUUGUUUGAAGAAGUGAAAGGGAAAUCUCUUCCUGCAGACUCGAAAGUGUUGUAUAUCAUGCAGCUACACUGGAGGAACCAGGCCAAUGUCUAUGGGGGUGGGUUUAAAAAGCUACAUGUAAACAAAUUUCAUUAGCAUCAUCUGUGGCAAUAUUUUUCAAAUAUAGUAUAUAAGCUUCAACUGGAUGUCUGAUGUCACACACUACGUGACUGCACAAAAGCAGUUAAUGCUGUCAGGGUCUUGGCAGAUAGUGUCACACAUACUCUUCAACAAUCAUUAAGAGUGAUGAACCAAAAUCUCGAUUCUUGCCAUUCGAUUUCAACCAAAAAGAAAGCACCAAAAUAAUAUCCAAAUUUACCAGUACCCAAAAAACAAAUCACUAACCUGCACAGUAAUGCAGUACCAUUUUGAUAGGCCGACAUAAACGAUUGUGAAUCAAUUCUUCGUAGGCCCUCAAAAAUGAGAAUAGAACCAAAAGUUACAUCGUUGAAACUUUCACGUGUCAAUUUCCUGACAAUAUUUCAUACACAAAUGAUUUGUUUUAUAUUCAUUUCUAAAAUGGUAGUCAGUGGGUUGGGUAUACAAUGUUCAAAUGUGCCUUGAUUUUUAUGCAACUCUUCACUUCAGCCUCCAUUAGUUGUAGA